CUGCAGCCGGGAAGUGCUCCCUGGACUGUGAGAGAGUUUCCUGAUCUGAGGGUGCUGCUGCUAGCCUGGCUUCUAGAUCCCUGUGCUUAGGAGUCACCAUGGCAACUGAAGAGUCCAUCAUCCGCAUCCCCCCAUACCACUACAUCCAUGUACUGGACCAGAACAGCAACGUGUCUCGGGUGGAGAUCGGGCCAAAGACCUACAUCCGGCAGGAUAAUGAGAGGGUGCUGUUUGCCCCCGUGCGCAUGGUAACAGUCCCCCCACGCCACUACUGCACAGUGACCAACCCUGUGUCCCGGGAUGCCCAGGGCUCCGUGCUGUUCGAUGUCACAGGGCAAGUACGGCUUCGCCACGCUGACCAAGAGAUCCGGUUGGCCCAGGACCCCUUUCCCUUGUACCCAGGGGAAGUGCUGGAAAAGGACAUCACACCACUGCAAGUGGUCCUGCCCAACACUGCCCUGCAUCUUAAGGCGCUGCUGGACUUUGAGGAUAAGGAUGGAAACAAGAUAGUAGCAGGAGACGAAUGGCUAUUUGAGGGACCGGGCACGUACAUCCCCCGGAAGGAGGUGGAGGUUGUGGAGAUCAUUCAGGCUACUGUCAUCAGACAGAAUCAGGCACUGAGGCUGAGGGCCCGCAAGGAGUGCUUGGACCGGGAUGGCAAAGAGAGGGUGACAGGAGAAGAAUGGCUGGUCCGCUCUGUGGGUGCGUAUCUCCCAGCAGUGUUCGAGGAGGUUCUGGAUUUGGUGGAUGCUGUAAUCCUUACGGAAAAGACAGCCCUGCACCUCCGGGCUCGGCAGAACUUCCAGGACUUGCGUGGAGUGACCCGCCGCACUGGGGAGGAGUGGCUGGUGACAGUCCAGGACACCGCAGCUCACGUGCCCGAUGUUCAUGAGGAAGUACUAGGAGUCGUGCCCAUCACCACACUGGGCCCCCAAAACUACUGUGUGGUCCUUGACCCCGUCGGACCAGAUGGCAAGAACCAGCUGGGACAAAAGCGGGUCAUCAAGGGAGAGAAGUCUUUUUUCCUGCAGCCAGGGGAGAGGCUGGAGCGAGGCAUUCAAGAUGUGUAUGUGCUGUCGGAGCAGCAGGGGCUGCUGCUGAGGGCUCUGCAGUCCCUGGAGGAGGGGGAGGAGGGGGAGGAGGAGGAGAAGGUCUCCCACCAGGCAGGGGACCGCUGGCUCAUCCGAGGGCCCCUGGAGUAUGUGCCAUCUGCCAAGGUGGAGGUGGUGGAGGAGCGGCAGGCCAUCCCUCUGGACGAGAAUGAGGGCAUCUAUGUGCAGGACGUCAAGACUGGAAGGGUACGUGCUGUGAUCGGAAGCACCUACAUGCUGACACAGGAUGAAGUUCUGUGGGAGAAGGAGCUGCCCCCUGGGGUGGAGGAGCUGUUGAACAAGAGGCAUGACCCUCUGGCAGACAGGGGCAAGGAGGACACAGCUAAGACCCUUCAUCCCUCAGCUCCCCGGAACAAGACGCGUGUGGUCAGCUACCGCGUCCCUCACAACGCAGCCGUGCAGGUGUAUGACUACAGAGAGAAGAGAGCCCGGGUGGUCUUUGGGCCAGAGCUGGUGUCCCUGGGUCCUGAGGAGCAGUUCACAGUGUUGUCCCUGUCGGCGGGGCGGCCCAAACGUCCCCAUGCCCGCCGAGCCCUCUGUCUGCUGCUGGGACCUGACUUCUUUACAGAUGUCAUCACCAUAGAAACAGCGGAUCAUGCCAGACUGCAGCUGCAGCUCGCCUACAACUGGCACUUUAAAUUGAGUGACCGGAAUGAUCCUCAGGAGGCAGCCAAGCUCUUCUCGGUGCCUGACUUUGUGGGGGAUGCCUGUAAGGCCAUCGCCUCCCAGGUGCGAGGAACUGUGGCCUCUGUCACCUUCGAUGACUUCCAUAAGAACUCGGCUCGCAUCAUUCGCACAGCCGUCUUUGGCUUUGAGACCUCAGAAGUCAAGGGCUCUGAUGGCAUGAGCCUGCCCAAGCCCAGGGACCAGACCGUCUUCCCCCAGAAUGGGCUGGUAGUCAGCAGUGUGGAUGUGCAGUCGGUGGAGCCUGUGGACCAGAGGACCCGGGACGCCCUGCAACGCAGUGUCCAGCUGGCCAUUGAGAUCACCACCAACUCCCAGGAGGCGGCUGCCAAGCACGAGGCCCAGAGACUAGAACAAGAAGCCCGAGGCCGUCUAGAGAGGCAGAAGAUCUUGGACCAAUCAGAAGCUGAAAAAGCUCGCAAAGAACUCCUGGAGCUUGAAGCUUUGAGCACGGCGGUAAAGAGCACCGGGACUGCCAAGGCCGAAGCCGAGUCCCGUGCAGAGGCUGCGCGGAUUGAGGGUGAAGGCUCCGUGCUGCAGGCCAAGCUGAAGGCACAGGCUUUGGCCAUUGAGACGGAGGCUGAGCUCCAGCGGGUCCAGAAAGUACGAGAGCUGGAACUGGUCUAUGCCCGGGCUCAGCUGGAGCUGGAAGUGAGCAAGGCCCAGCAACUGGCUGAGGUGGAGGCAAAGAAGUUCAAGCAGAUGACAGAGGCCCUGGGCCCCAGCACCAUCAGGGACCUGGCUGUGGCCGGGCCAGAGAUGCAGGUCAAACUGCUCCAGUCCCUUGGUCUGAAAUCCACCUUGAUCACUGAUGGCUCCUCUCCCAUCAACCUCUUCAACACAGCCUUUGGGCUGCUGGGGCUAGGGUCUGAUGGUCAGCCCCAGGCGCGAAAGGCAGCUAGUGGGCUCAGCCCCCAGGAUGGUUUACAUAUUCAGGGUCCUCCCGCCCCUCAGACUGCUGGAGGCAACCAAAUUGUGCCUUAGCUCUUACUCACUCACAACUGACCAAUAAAAUGGACAUGUCUAGGCAUUUAAA